AUGGGCAGAGGUGGUGCGAAAUACGUCAGCUACACAGCUCUAGUUCUCCUGUCGGCGGUAUCGAGAGCCAGUGCGGGUCUUUGGGAUGUCGAUAUCGAUCUAGAUCCCGCCCCGUCACCAGAAGACGGACCGCCUUUCUCCUUCUAUGCGACACGCGAUCGAUCACUGCUGCCGUUUCAGAUUAUUGGGGUGGUGGGAGCAUAUAUCGCCUGCGUGGUCAUAUUGGGGUCGCUACUUCUUACCGUUGGACGACGAGCGAGGAAAAGAGCGCAGGACAUGACCCAGAGGCCGAUCGAAAUGGUCAAACCGAUGCGCAAUCUACUAGAAGGCACUCCGACAAUUCAGAAUGAGGAGACGAAAAGAUGGUAUCAAAGGGCGAAGGGCAGGACUGGGAGCAUGAAAAGUGGAAGGAGCACUGUCAAUAUCACAUCGCCUGGAGGAUACAGUGUUACGAGCCUUGACCGCGAUUUGGUGCAUGAGCAGCAUAUUCAGCAACGAAAGGACGAUCUGGCCGAUCUUUACAGCGUGGUAUACGGCGAUGAAGACCGCAAGAAUGCUUCCGCAACGGAUGUGCACGCGCCUGAACCACCACGAUACGAUCGUGGCCAGCCUCUACCACGCUUGGCUAUUGAAAGACCGGAAUUGAGACGUGUGCAGACAGGCGAAACGUACCCGCAGAGUCCUAUGAGUCCUGUCACGCCGAGAUCGCCUUCUGUUAGAGCCAUUCACCCACCGAAUAUGACCAGUCCAGUGCGAGAUGAGUUCCCACCAGUGUCAAGAUCGCCGGUACCUGGCCUUCCAAAAUCACCACGAGAUGGAAGGACAGCGUCUUUCAGCAGCAACAAGAGCGCAAGUUCGCCGCAGAAGGCUAGGAAGGCGCUGCGUGAUAUCAAAAUCAGCAAUCCAAUACAACGAUUCCGAGCUGACGACAACGACGACGGUGCCAUGACACCACUGUCACCCCGAGCUUUUGAAGAGCCAGGCGAGGUCCCGCCGUUUACUGGUCGCACGAACGACAGCCAAUAUCCUCCCACUACUCCGGGCACUGGCAGGAGCUUUCCAUAUCCGGAAGAGGCCCGUGACGAUAUUGCGGACCUACCACAACCAUAUCCACAAAGGAUAGGCAGCUACCAAUACGAUAACCCUGCUCAAGCAGUGACAGAUGCGGCCUCCAUUCGACCAGACCCCACAGGUACUACACAACAGAACAAACGUGGUCAUGGUCGCAAGGCAGACGAUCUACCUUUCAGGAAGUUCGCUCAUCAACGGCAGCCUCCCGUGGCCCAAGAACCGUUUCCUUUAUCGCCUUCGGCCAGCUGGAAUGCUGGUUUGCGAUCGCCAGGCCAGAUGUCCGCAGGCCUCAGGUCACCUGCUAUCAGAGAGAAUGUGCUGGAGUAUCACAAGCAGAACUUGAAGGUGCCGACGGCUGGUCAACUUACCGGUCAACUUACGGGAGUCAAAUCGCCUUACAGUCCCUAUAUGCCAGAUGAACUCAUCACGCCAGUAUUCCAAACACUUCCGACACCGGCCCGACUCAAGCAGAAAGAACGGGAACAGAAAGCCGCGAGAGGUGCAGCUACUGAGAAAGACCAGGUCGCUGACGAAGCGGAUCUUUGGUCGAGUGGUUACUAG